AUGAUGGAUAUCAUUUGCCUUAGCUCUCAUUAAAAAGCAUACAGGGAAACUUGUUUAAUUCGUGGUGACCAGUUACUAUUUGAACGAAACCAGUUACCAUAGAGAUACGUUUAACUGCAUACUAUGAUAAUCGUCUGCUGGAUGUACAAUUUCUUCUUUAGUGAAGUCUCCAUGGAGGACAACCAACCGAAAAAUAUAAAUUCCAGACAAGCACAAGUACAAAGAAAAGAUGUAAUGGCUAUUAGGGUCAAAGUAUGUACACCAGAUCUACGGAAUGAAGUAGUCGAGGGUGUUUGCCUCGAUGAGAAUGAGCAGAUUGAAACAGAGGUUUACCAUAUUCAUCCUCGUCAAGUAAGCGCAGUGUGUGAUUUGCCAACGCAGAAGGCAGAGGAAUCUCUGGAAAUAAACCAGUCUUUUGACGAAAAGGAAAUUCUUGUCAAAUGUAAAGAAGACAAGAUAACAUUUUCGGUACUGUUACCCAUGAUGAAACAGUACUGGAAGUACAACCUAAGAAUAAAAAGGAACGGAACCUGGGGCACAACGGAAGGCAAACAGAGGAAUAAGUAUAUUGACUUCGAGUUUGAACUUCUGACAGCAGUAUAUGUUGUCGUCACGUCAACCACACUGGCACAGUCAAUCAACCUUUUUCCUACUGAAACGCUAGAUUAUACGUUUGCAGAAAACGACGAAAUUAAACUACACUGUCCUAAAGGUGCAGUGAAAGAACAAGAACAAAUCGAUGUAUGGGUAAGUAUUUAAGAUAAAUGUACAAUUUACUGAUUUCAUAUUCUCCUUAAUAUAGAAUUAUGUACAGGGGAUAACGCUAAAGUGAUCAACCAUGAAAUCAAAUCUGAACAAGACUGUACAUGUAAAACUGCAGUUCCGGGUAGAGAUCGACAAAAAUAAUCUUACAUGGGUGUGGUGCGUGCACAGGGAAAUCUUCAACCUCGGGUAAGAGUUUGGCUGUCCAGCAAUCGGUUUGGUCUUUGCCGAUUGUUGGACAGCAAGGGGAUUGAAUGAGCUAUAUCUGGUGCAUGCCUAAUCACAGGAAGUGACGAUUGCAGUUGUCUAUAAUAAU